GCCAAACAUAGCAGCCAACAGUUGGACUUGCUUUUCCGAGGAUUUUGAUAACUAAACUCUUAAACAGUUGAACUAUGUCUCGAAGGGUGGUCCAGGUCCAGCCGGGGAGCAGGGUUCAUGAAGCGGGUCAGUGGAGCACUGGCCUGUGUGAGUGUCAUAAAGACAUAGGGGACUGCUGCUUUGCCCUGUGCUGCCUCCCAGUGUUUACUUGCAAGGUGACCAGUGCAGUGGGUGCGUGUCCCUGCCUUCCUCUGCUGGACUGUAUGGGCUGUGUACCGCCUGCCUCUCUCGCCAUGAGGGCUUCUGUCAGAGAACGAUAUGGAAUACAGGGGAGCGUGUGGAGCGAUUGCCUGUACGGAUGCUGCUGCUAUCCGCUAUCUUGGCUCCAGAUCUCCAGAGAGCUGAAGAGAAGAGCAGCAUCCCACGCCGCCUCCUCCUCCUCGUCGGCAGCCAGAUACACCGCUCUGACCUCCCUGCAGGGGGCGCACUUGGUCUAGACACAUCCAGCACUUUUUUUCUUUUCUUCUGGCCUCGGCCGCCACCACCAGUCCUCCAGAGCAUGGGAGCUGAUUUAAUCACACUUCCCCUGGUCGGCAGCCGCUCCCUGUUACCUCAGAGUAUUCAGCAGGGACACAAUGUCUAUUAGAGCAGGGGGUGUUUUGCAUGUUAUCUUGGGUUACCAAUCAUUUAUUCUUUCAGUGGUGGAAAGUAACUAAGUCCAUUUACUCCUGUACUGUACUUAAGUUCAGUUUGGAGGUUUGUGUAUCUCAACUUUAUGCUACUAUAUACUUCUAAUGAACUGCAUUGAGAGUGAUAUAUUGUGCUUUUUACUCCAUUAAAUUUCUUUGACAGCCAUAGUUACUAGUUACCUUUCAGAUUAAGAUUUUACACUUCCAAAAAUCAGUUGCCCCUUGUCACAUUUCAAGUGUCUAUGAGCUGUUAUCAGCUCCACAAAGGAUAUCUCUUCUAAGAGUAACUUAAAGGUCCCAUAUUAUAAAGUGAGAUGUCUGUGUCUUCUUUGAUUAUACAGCAGGUCUAGGUUCUAUAUUAAUACUGUAAAAGUAUCAAAGCGCUCAGUCCACAGAGAAAUGCACACAGCCUGUAUUCAGACACUGAGCCUUAAAACCAGCCGUAAGGACUUCUGUAACUUUGUGAUGUCACAACAAAGCAUGCAGCGCUCUCUGCCAUGCCCCAAGCCCCGCCCACCUGG